AUGCGAAUAGAAUGGGCCACAACAGCUCCACGAUGGCGAAGAGCCAGACGGGGUUUAUGUCUUGAAGGUCAAUGCCCCACUUCUGCCUGUGAAGCUUUCAACCGUACAGUUAUCAUGUCUUUGGGUUUCAGAAGGUUUGAUAUGUUAUCUGAUGUGGGUCUAGCUACGACCAAAUGUCCCAUAUGUAAACAGUAUGUUGAACCGGUCACGUGUAGCUUCAAUAAUUGUUGGUGGAGAUAUGAAGGAAUAAAACGUUCUCAAAGUCAGGCACCAGAGUCUUGCUCAUGCGACUGGAAACAUGCUGACGAUGCAUAUUAUCGCUUCGAUGAGAACCACGGUGAAGAAGUGUCAUGGCUCAAAUUGGUCUUUGAAGUAGUUGAACAAAUGUCAUCGGAAGCACCUUUGAAUCCAGUCGAAGUAGAAAGAGAAACAGAAGAGCAGACAGAAUCAAUCGAAUCAAGAAUAUGGAUGCCAUUUACUGAAUCAAAUAUGUCUGCAUCAACAACAACACCACCACAAUCACGAUUGGCCACAGCUCCGAUUGCGGUUCCAGCAUCAAAUCAAGUUAGUUCUUCGAUCGAAGAGAACACGACUAAUGUUAAUUGGUUUAUACGGCAAGGAGAAUUUUGGUGUCCAUGGAGAUCGAAUAAUUGUACAAAUAAACUUGCUAUUCCAGGGCAAGGUGUUAUCGAAAUAAUGCAACGAAAGUCGGUACCAUUCGAAUUACAUCUAUCAAACAAAAGUGAUCCUCAUGAUUCGGAAGCCUAUUCAAUAAUACUUUCAGUUAAUAAGAAUAAUGUUACAUUAAGAACAAGUACUACUGAAUUAUGUACAUCAACAGAAUCUUUUCAUGUACUACAAUCAGAACAAGGGUGUUGGCAUAGAUAUUGGAUUAGCUUAUAUGCAGCUAAUCGAAAUGUUCAAUAUGGCAUUGGUGAAAUUCGUCCAUUAUUUUCUAUUUUCAAUACCAAUAUUACAGAAAAUGAAUCAGGUUUAAUGAAAAAUAUCUGUUAUUUACACGUUAAAAUGAAUAGCAAUGAGAACAUGUUGACUGAAUUGGCUGAUUUAAAAUACCAGAUCCGUUUUUAUAUUUCUAAAAAUCCGAUUGUUUAUGAUUAUCCAUUAUUUAUUGUGCCACAGCAUCAAUAUAAUCUUGAAAAUUAUGCUUUUGCCACAUGUAUUCCACCAUCAAAGUUAGAAAAGCCAUGCAAACAUCUAUAUGAUACUAUUAUUAAUUUUCAAUUAAAUGCAGAUGAUUUUCCCGAUUUAACUAGUGUCAUUGACAAAAGUAUAAAAAAUCCAAAAGGCUGGUGUCACAAAAAGUUAAUUGAGAAAGCAAAUCGUUUUGGUAAAUCAAAUAUUAAGGCCACUUAUUUACGCCUUACAGUAGGUGAACGUGAAGGAAUUGCACCAGGUCAUAGUUUUGUCAUUGAAGUUUGGCCUCCUGGACAUUUCAGUCCUAUACAUAAUCAUGGCAAUGCAUAUGGUAUUAUUCGAGUACUGUAUGGUGAAAUUUUAGUGAAACUCUAUCCAGCUUUAACUCUUAACAUGCCACAAUAUAAACCUAUUGAACAAAUAUGCCAUGAAGGAACAGUAACAUGGAUGGCACCAUCAUUAAAUCAGACUCAUCAAGUGAAGCAUGUCGAUCUAUAUGGAAAAUGCUGUGUCUCAAUUCAAUGUUAUGCGUAUGGACCAAAAGACCAAGAACAUUAUGAAUUUUUUGAUUAUAUUGCAAAUGAUGAACGAUCUAUUGGCCAUUUUGAUCCAAAAUCGGAUAUGGAUUUUUUUGACUUUAAAGAACUAAUGCGACAAGAGCGACAACAUGUAUUCAGUUCCUCAUCUUAA